GUGUUGUGACAGACAGUGGGACACGCCAAGAACCCAACCGAAAACCUCUGCCCGGCGCCCCGGCUUCGCGCAGCUCGUACACUACGCACGGCUGGUGGAGCACGAGAGGCUCUUUAACGCGUCAUGCCUCUCCGGCUCUCCCUUGCAGUUGCGCCCAGACAGAAGCCGGGCACGCCGCCCCUCUCCCCCCGCUCGCAAUCCUUUCCUUUUCUGGGCCUGCUCCGGGAGCCAGAUCCGGAUGGACCAGCCCCCGGCGAGGCGCCGGGACCGCCGACGGAGGCGGCGGCGGCGUGGGGGUGGGGGGAACGCGGCGGACGUGGUGGCCGUGGAGGGGGGAAGCGCAGCGGUCACAACGACAGCCCCGGUGACUGCGCCCGGCGCCGCCACGCCGGCUAGGCGCAGGAACCGGCGGCGGCCUCGCAGGCGGCGUGAUCGGAGUAGUGCUGGCGCGGCCGCGGCGGACGAGGCGGCGGCGGAGGAGGAGAAGGCGGAAGCCCCCGUUUCAGGUUCUGCAACGCAAGCAAGUUGCCAUGUGGAAACAGUGGCAGCACAUUUGGGCGAUAGUGUGCUGCAGACUACAACCGAGUCGAUAAUGAACUCAAAUAAAACAAGAAAGAGAGAUUUUCAGGCUGGAAAUAAGGUGCUAAAAGUUUCUGCUGCGGAUGGUGCUGCCUGCUCUUGUCUUGCCCGCCAUGAACAUUCUGUUGGACAAAUUGAAGCCUCAAGGAGCAAGUUAUAUAAGAGAUCUGAUGUAAGAUUCCCAAUUGAUAAUUGCACUGCACAAGGAUCUGAUUAUUACAAUAAGGACUCAAACUUUCCAGAGCUGAAGAGUACCGACUUGUCAGGGAACCUGGACGAAGUAUACCAGAAAAGAAUAUGUACUGGCUGUAGCUCUUUGCAGAAGUCAGAAGAAUAUAAGGAAAAUGAAAAUGGAGCUUCUAUCAACUCCAGCAGUUUAGAGAAAAAGAAGAGGAGAAAAAGAGGCGGAAAAAGGCACAAUCGUCGCAAAAGAUCUACUUCACAGGAUUCUCUAUUGCCAACCGCUGCUGAUAAUUCUGGUUUGAUGGCAGUCGUUUCUGAGAACACUACUUCAUGUCUUGAACCCAAGGAACAAAGGGAGAAUCAAAAUCAGAACAAAGUAGCCAUGACUAACUUAGUUCCACUGGAUAAUGCAGAGAGAUCAGAAGCGUAUGGUGUAAAUUUGAACCGUGCCACUGAAAAGAGGUGUGAACUGGGAACUAGUAAUUUGGACAGCACCUUUGAAAAGAGGAGUGAACUGGGAAAGAGUAGUUUGGACUACACAAAUAUGGAGAGAAAUGGUCUGCAAGAGCAAGAUGUACUAUGUUCAUCAAACGAUCACAAUGCUAACUAUCUGAGCACUUCCCAUUUUGCUGAGGCAUAUAUGGAAAAGCUCAAUCUUUUCUUUUCACCAGGACGGUCCUUAGGGUUUCCGAAGAAAAAGCUUCUCAUCUUAGAUCUUAAUGGUUUACUUGCGGAUAUCAAUGAUGACUACCACAAUGCUCACAUGGCUGAUGCCAAGGUUCGAGGAAAAUUAGUUUUCCGAAGGCCUUACUGUGAUGAUUUUCUCAACUUCUGCGCCCUGAAUUUCGAGCUAGGUGUAUGGUCUUCAAGAAAAAAAGAAAAUGUCGCUUCGGUUGUUAAUAUCGUUAUGAGAGAUUUCAAACCACGCCUGCUAUUUUGUUGGGACAUGUCUAAAUGCACAUUUACUGGACAUAAAACACUGGAGAACAUGCACAAACCAUUAGUUCUGAAGGAACUGAGGAAAUUGUGGAAUAAGGAAGAACCUGAUCUUCCAUGGGAAGAGGGAGACUAUUCAGCUUCAAAUACAUUACUUGUGGAUGAUUCUCCUUACAAAGCUCUGCGCAAUCCUCCACAUACUGCAAUUUUCCCUCGCUCCUACAGUUAUCUGAACUGGAAUGACAAUUCACUGGGUCCUGGUGGAGACCUUCGCAUGUAUCUGCAGAAUCUAGCUGCUGCAGAUGAUGUUGAGUGUUUUGUUCGUAAUAAUCCAUUUGGUCAACCCUUCAUCACCGAAUGUGAUCCCCAUUGGAAUUUCUAUGCUCAGAUUGCCGAUAAAGGGCACUCUCCCUUGACAUGUUGUGCUUGAACUCCCCUAUUCCUGGGAGUCCAGUAGUGAUACAUGGUCAGGGAUCAAGUUCUUAAACUUGUAUGUUGUGGUCUUCUUUGAGGAGUGCCAGUUUGCUUGUAUCCCUGUAUUGAGGAUUACAGAGUUUUUUGUUGUACCAGUUUAACUGUAGCCUGUAGGCUCUAUGAAAUGUACCAAAUGAAUGAAUGGUGUGGCAGAGUUUAUUGUCUCGAACUGCUUGCAAUGUUUAUUCACUUGUCUUCCA